AGGUCGAGGUACACCGGCAGCCGCUUCGAUGGCGAUCGCCGGUCUCGGUCACCUCGCGACCGGUCCCCGUACGGGGACCGCGGAGAGCGCGGAGAGCGCGGUCCACAGUAUUCUGACGCCGACCGCAGACGCCCGCCCCUAGAUUCUUGGGGAACUCCCGGCGGCUUUCCAUCGGGCCGCGAUGGAUUCCGCGACUCGCUCUCCGGCAUUCAGCCUCCCCGUGGGCCAAAGGCCCUGCUCGAUGCACCAAGCGGGCCCCGCGGCGGAGGGUUUGCCGGCGAUUUUCGUGGCGGGAGAGGGCGCGGUGGAGGACGUGGCCGCCAAUGGCGCGACGAUAGUCGGGACGGCGCACGCGACCGCGAAGACUACCGAGACCGACCCCAUUUCCGGGACGAACGAAGCCGCGAGCGAGAACGAGACCGAGAUCGCGAGAGGGAGCGCGAGCGUGACCGAGACUGGUCGCGCGACCAACGCGACCGCGUCGAUUUCCCCCGAGCUCGGAGACCUUCCCCGCCUCCAUUACGAGCUCGAUCUCCGCCUCCGGGGAGAGAUUUCAGAGACGCAAGAGACGCUCCCUCGGGAGUCGAUGCUGAGCGAGGAAGACGGGGUUCCAGGGACGGACCGCUGUCGGCUGGGUCGUCCAACUCGGACCCUAUGUUUGCCCCUUCCCCGUUCCGUGGCGGCUUUGGCCGCGGCGGAGGAAGAGGUGCAGGUCGCGGACGUGGCGAUUGGGACCAGAGGACGGGCAGAGACCGCGGGACCUUCUAUGACGAACGAGAUCGCUAUGCACGUAGCCGGUCGCAGGAAAGCCGAUGGGGACGGGAGCCGGAAGAGCGGGAUCGCAGAGACAGCAGGUACCCGGACACUGCCCGGGAUCUUCGCGACGAGCGCGACAUCAGGGACAGAGAGCGCGAAAUUAUCCGCCCGAAGCCCGACCGAGUAUCGCACGAACCGCCCUCUGCCAAGGAUGUCUCACCCCCUCCCCUCGCCCCCUCCGCGCCCGCUUUCGGCUCGGUGCCGAGUCGCCAGUCGACAACAGCCAGCGAAAUACAGUCCUUGACUGGCAAGCCCCCGCCUACCGGUCCCAGGGCUCUGACCGAGGAGCGACCGGUUUCUGCGGGUCACGCGGUCGGGAAUGAGCGGCCGCCACCGACUGGCCCGUCCAAGCCGACGCUCUCGGACAGCGGCCCGCCCAUCCCUCUGGGGCCUCGAGCCCAGCAGCAGAAGCAACAGCGUUCUAGUAAGCAGUGGAUCAACCCUUCCCUCAACUAUCACCGAGAUUUCGAGAAACGCCCCCGUAGUCCCGGGUCGCGAUCGGACUCUCAUGCUGCGGCCUCUGAUCGAUAUGGAGUCCAUGUCGCAACUGGCCCCAACGAGAUCGUCAUCAAGUCCGAGAGGGGCUCGCAAUCCGCGAGGGCCUCGGUCGAUCGCGAGACGAGGGCAGCCACUUACAGUGGCGACGUGAGAAUGGGGGGAACGGACGCGGAACGAGCCCCGCGCGACCAUGACGACGCCGACAACAAACAGAAGGAAAGCCCGGCUGCUGUCGCGAAGCUUUCUGAAGUCCCUGUUGAGCGGCCUGGGGAGGAGGUCAGGGCCCCUGCGGCUGCCCAGAAGCCGCCCGCGAUCCUCGCUGUCCCGUCAGCUCGAGUUCAACUACCGCCAAGAGAGAUAUCGGCCCCUACUGCGGACGAGUCAUCCGAGUCGGACGAUGACGAAGACAUGGACGUCUACUUUGAGCGGGAAAUAUCGAAGACAGAGGCUGAACUGAAGAAGCUCCACGACGCUGCUGACAAGGUUCCAUUGGGCAUCGUUCGGCGAUACGCAACGGCGGUGCAUGAGGCCAUGCUGAGGGUGUUGAACGACGAUGCUGGCUUGCUUGACGCCAUCGGGCCGAUCCCAGACGGGUUCACGUUCCCUCGCCCCAAGCCCGGAACCGAAAUACUCGACAAGGAGAUGCCUGAUGCAGAACAAGAAGCUCCGCAACCUCAUGCCGCGGCCUCGCCACGCCGUUCGGUGUCGGGACUGGACGCGUUAACUGAAGGGUCGGCCCCGGCCUUCUUCCCGCGUCCGUUCGAUCAGGCCGAGAAUGGGAGACGCAGUACGUCGCCGGACGAGGAGAGCGAGAACAAAACAGAGGAGGAUGCGAGCGUCUAUGGCAGCGUCGAAGUGGUCAGGGAAUACUCGGCCACCCCGCCCACCGAGGAACUUCCUGUUUACAACGUCAAGCCCUGGUACCGAAGCCGGCGGGUUCGUAAGUUGGCUGUCGUGUCUCCUGAGUUUGGCGACUUCUUGCUUGCCCAUAUCCGGGACCAGGCCAUGGCUACUCAACUCGCCCAAGAAGAAUUACGGCGCGAAUAUGCGAAGAAGUACGAGACCUACCUGCGGUUCACGAUGUCUGACGAUCCGGCCGCAGUCAAGAGCCGCGAGUACUUCACCAGCCCUAACACGCAGUCGGGAACCAGCGGUAAGGCGGCAGGCUCGGACUCUAAGCCUGAAGGGGGCAGAAGAGCGGCGGGCCGUUUCUCGACCGAACUGGAUCUCGAUUACGCAAUCAAAGAGUCAAUGCGCGAGCACCAGGAGAGGAAGGAGAGGGAGGAGAGAGCGCGGAAGGAGAAGUACCGCAGCGAGAAGGAGGCCGUGAUUCCCGACAUGUUCUGGACAGAGGAGGAGAAGGACCGCGCCUCAUUCUACGACACGGCUGGGCUGCUACCCCUCGAGAAGGUGGUCGCGACCUGGCAGGUCGUGCCUCAGCAUGUCAACUUCACCGAGGAAGAGGCCGAGAAGUUCGAGAAGGCAUAUCUCGAAUCGCCGAAGCAGUGGGGCAAGAUCUCCAGCGAGCUGCCUGGGCGCGAUCCGGGGACAUGCAUCCUCUAUUACUAUGCGAAGAAGCGCGAGCUUAACCUCAAAGAGAAGCUUAAGAAGCAGCCCCGGAGGCGCAAGAAGGGCCGCGGGAAGCAGCGCUCCAGCGCUUUGGUAUCAGAGCUGGGCAACACGGAGAACGAGACGGAGGAAACGACAGCCCAAGAGAACAGCGAGAACGGCGAGCGCCGGCGUCCGCCACGCCGUGCAGCAGCGCCGGUCUGGCCUCACGAGGCCACGCCCAACGCGGACUCGGACGGCGCCACUCCAGCGCCAACGCCCGGUCGCCGGAGAGCCGGAACCGCGGCCGACGCAAAGAACGAGUCCGGCGUCGAGAAGCCGGAAGGCAAGCGUGGCGGGAGGAAGCCUCGCCAGUCGAAAGCCGAGAAGGAGGCUAAGGGUCCGAAGCAGUUGGCACAGGCACCCGGCGCUUCGCCGAGCGCCGUCCCCAGCAAGACAGGCCGGUCGCGCGCCAACUCCAAGGCUCAGGGCCCGGAGUGGGUGUCGCCACAGACACCCGUCGAUCUCGCCGCCCGCAUCCCUCUUCCGUUCGAGGUUUCCCAUGGGAACAUGCAACCGCCCUUGGCCCCGGUGCAGCAGCCUCCGCUGGCAAGUCCCGACCGAGCAGCGCCUCCAGUGGCUUCUACAAUCUCCGAGGUCAUGGCCCCGCCCUCGUUGCGUCCCGAGCCGCCGCCGCCGCCGCCGCCUGCAUCAGUCCCGACCUUCGAGAUCUCACAAACAACCGGACCCGAGCGCAUCCGUACCCCACAGCAAGCAUCUAGCUACUGGAGCGUAUCGGAAACAACCGACUUUCCAGCGCUGCUGCGCGCCUUUGGCACCGAUUGGGGUCGAAUCGCCGCUCACAUGCAGACCAAAACGGCUACAAUGGUUAAAAACUACUACGUCCGGCAAACCAAGGAAGGCGGUAAGCCGGAAUGGGAGCAAAUCGCAAUGGAAGCCGACGCCAAGGCUCAGAGAGGCGAGAAGCGGCCGGCGCCGCCGACGCCGACGCAGGGCCCACGGAAGAGAUACGACGUGUCAACGGCCGGACACCGGCCGCUCGCUGCCGCCGAGCCCGAUGAGACGCUGCUAGCCAAGGCCGAGCCGCAGCAGAACCAGCCAUUCUCACGGUUCCAGGUGCCGAUCGCGCAGGCCUCGCCAGUUUCCCACCCGCUCGCACAGCCAGCACAACCGGCGAUGGCCACGCCCUUGGCUCCGUCCGCGCCCGCACAGCAACCGCAGCCAACGGGACCAACCGCCACGCAGGCCAUGUCUCCUCACAUCCACCCUCACCCGCUCCGGCCACCCGCCUCUGCCUUCGCGUAUCCAGAAAGGGAAGCGGACGCAGCCCCGGCGCAGGCUCAACAACCAGUCCGGAUCUCGCAGAAGCCCGUGCCGACGGCGGCGUCGAUCCCAACGGUCUCCGAGCCAGCGCCGCGCCCGGCCGGGUGGGCCACCGAUCUCGGCCAGCAAUUCUCCAUGCUUUCUCAGGCCAAGGAGGCCCGCGUUGCCCGCGACGCUCGAGAGCGGCAAAGACUGGAGUUGGCCCAGCGCGAGUCUCCUCGCCUUGUCGAACGGGCGCCGCCGUUGCGCAUGAAGCAGGAGCCUGAACAGGUCCUCCACCAUCCGGAACCGUACAACCAAUUCCAGCCGGCACAGCGCGUGUUGUCUACGCGGAUCGAGCCGGCCCCUCUGGCGAGACAACCGGAGCCCUCCCGUGCUACGGCGCCGGUUCCGCAGGCAUAUGCGCCGCCCGUGCAGCAAGGGCCGCCGCCCCCUCAUCAGGUGCCUGCGGCAAGCGAGAAACCGUUGCCGGGUAUUCAGCGGCCUACAUCCGGCUUAAUGCAGGAGCAAUAUGGUACGACGGCUGUGUCCGCCGGUCCUGCUCCUCUUGCCCAUCCCGCGCCCGCGCCAGCUCCGCCUCGGGCGCCGGAGCGCAAGAUCAACGUCAUGUCCUUGUUGAACGACGACGACGCACCUCCACCCAAGAGAGUCGCCGAUGUCUCCGCAGUCAAGACGAGCUCCACACCGCCACCUCAGCCUCAGUCGAUGGUCCGUCAGCCGCCUCCUCCACCACCCUCAGCACGCAGGGAAACGGAGCCGGGAUACGCAUACACCCGCAAUCCUGCCCAGGCGCCACAGUCUGCCAUCCCUCCGCUCAAGCCCUACCAUACUCAGUCGCCGCAGCCUCAGCACGUGCGGGUGCCAAGUACGGGAAUGGCGUCGGCCAUGGAUCCUGCAGCGGAGGCACAGCGCGACUACUAUGGACGACACUCGUACCCGUCGCACCCGACGCACCAGUCGCACCCAUCACAGCACGCUGUCAGUGCGUCGAGUUCUCCCCAAGCACACCAGGCUCACCAUUACGCCCCGCCGGGGCAUCAUGCCCAGCAGCACCCCCAGCAGGCCCAGAUGGGGUACCAAGGCCAGCAGCAGCCGUACCAAACAGCCUAUCAAGUUAGCCAGCCGCACGCUGCUUCACCCACGCCGCAGUAUGCACCGCAUCCGUCACUGUCUGGUAGACGGGAGCCUCCCGUCGUGGCCAGUCGCGAGGCAUGGCCACAGCAGCAGCCGACGGCAACGCAGCAGCAGCAGCAACAGCAGCAGCAGCAACAUCAUCAACAACAACAACAAAUGCACCAGCAUCAUCAGCAUCCUCAGCAUCACCACCAACCCCAGCAUCCACAGCACGCACAGCAAGUGCAGCACCAGCAGCCGUCGGCUUGGCCGCCGACGCACCAGGCGGCCCCGAAGACCUCGCAAACGCCCGUGCCCGCGCAAUCCGCGUGGGGAGCUCAGCACGGCGGCCUAGGCGUCCAGCCCAAGCCGCCCGUCAGCAGCCCGCUCGCGCCACAGCAGCACCACUCCUGGUCAGCAUCCGGCCCCAGCCAGCCGACACCUCACCCCCUCAACCUGCGCAGCGAGCCCCGCGGGCCGUCCGUCUACGACGCUCAGAGCCCCACCGGACCCGGCAUGGUCCCCCACCACCAACAUCAUGGCUCGCUCGGCGGCGGCGGCGGAGCCGGCUCACGAUACGUCCCCGCAGCCCCGCAAGACGCCCGCCGCGGCGGCGCCGUCGAGCCCGUCCUCCAACCAGCCAGCCAACCGGCACCACCGCCGCCCUAUGCGCGCUACGCCAGCACCCCCGGGCCGACCCAGCAGGCCCGCGGCGACCCCGGCGCCCUCCCCGUCAGCCGCACCUACACACCCGUCGGCACCUCCUCCGCUGCCGGCGGCGGCGGCGGCGCGUUUGACCCCCUCCCGCGCGGCCCGCCCCCGCCCCCGCCGCAGGCCGGUCCGCAAGGGUAUGCUCCCUCGCCGGCGGCGGCGGCGGCGCUGCAGCAGCAACAGCAGGAGGCGGCGAUGAGGGAGCAUCAGGCGCGGGAGGCGCAGCUGAGGGAGAUGCAGCAGCAGCAGGGGAGGGAUCCGAGGGAUCUGAGGGAUCUAAGGGAUCCGCGGGAUCUGAGGGAUCUGAGGGGGGAGCAGCUUCAGCAGCAGGGCGGCGGGGCUACCCUUGCUGCUGCUAGUGGUGGUGGUAGUGGUGGUGGUGGUGGUGCUAGCGCGGGUGUUGUUGGUAGUGCUGGUGGUGGUGGCGGUAUCCUGGGCCGACACUUACGGCCUGGUCCGGAGGGCCCGCCGGGGCCGGGCGGGAUGUAUGAACGGAGAGAGGAGCGGAGGUACUAA